CUGGGAUGCUCGGCUCAAACGUCAUACAGCAGGUGAACCAUUGUUAAGCCGCAGCAAGCCAGAGGUUGGGUCGGAGCUGCUUGGUAUGUUCCCUCACUUCCUUUGGCCUGUGGAUGUGCGGAGGGACGAAAUUGAACUCCUGAGAUGUGACCCGUCCGAAAACCUGACGCUGGUAAUAUCUUCUCCUUCCCGUCCGAUAUGUUUUGGAGCCGUGGUUCUCGCGUGGCGCGCCAGCAAUGGCAUCUUUGCAGAGGUCUAAGUGGGCGCGCUUCCGGCGCAACGCUGACCCCGCUGGCACCACUGGCACUGUCGAGAGCACGGGCUUUCCACGCAGCGAGACCUCUUCUGGCCGUCAAGCCGGUGUUACUAGCUGACAUUGGAGAGGGUAUUGUCGAAUGCGAGAUAAUCCAGUGGUUUGUCGAGCCGGGGGCGCGCGUUGAGGAGUUCUCGCCCCUUUGCGAGGUUCAGAGCGACAAGGCGUCGGUAGAGAUUACUAGCCGCUUUGCGGGCGUUGUCAAAAAGUUACACUAUGAGGCGGGCGAACUGGCCAAGGUCGGCAAGCCGUUUGUCGACAUCGACAUCGAGGGAGAUGGCGAGGAGGAGGGCCCAGAGGUUGGCGGGCAUCCUCAGUCCUCACAGAAGAGUGCGGAGCCCGAGCCUGCUCACUCACCUGCCCGGCCGCCGAUCGAAGAAAAGACCCCAGCACAACAGGUUACUGCCCAAACAGAACACGAGCGGCAAGGCACGCCGAAGGUCAAGGGGAAACAUGCCACACUCGCAACGCCGGCGGUCAGGCACCUGUCCAAGGAACUUGGAGUGGACAUUUCAGAAGUAGACGGCACGGGCAAGGAUGGCCGUGUCCUCAAGGAAGAUCUCUACAAGUAUGCUGAGAGCAGAGCGGCAGCAUCGCCACAAACGCCAUCUCCGCAGCGCGCUCCUGCCGCAGCUGAGGCGGACAUUCUCUCGUCACCAGACGCUUCGACCGCCGGGCCGCAACAAGAGACACCGAUCCCGCUCACCAGGACGCAAGAGAUGAUGUUCAAGACCAUGACGCGCUCGCUCAGCAUACCUCACUUCCUCUACGCCGACGAAGUCGAUUUCACCUCCCUCGUGGAGCUCCGGGGGCGUCUUAACAAGGCCCUGUCCAAGUCCGGCCUCAGCGACAGCCAAGUCACCAAGCUCUCCUACCUGCCCUUCAUCAUCAAAGCCGUGUCGAUGGCGCUCUACAAGUACCCGAUUCUCAACGCCCGGGUCGACGUCGAGAGCGCCCGCAACGGCAAUAGCAACGGAAACGGAAGCGGCAAGCCCAUGCUGGUCCUGCGCAGCCAACAUAACAUCGGAGUGGCCAUGGACACCCCCUCCGGUCUGCUCGUGCCCGUCAUCAAGAACGUCGGCGGCCUCAACAUCCUCGGGAUUGCCGCUGAGCUCGCCAGGCUGCAGAGCCUGGCCGUGGCCGGGAAGCUCACGCCCCAAGACAUGUCGGGCGGCACCAUCACGGUCAGCAACAUAGGCAGCAUCGGCGGGACGUACCUGUCGCCGGUCGUGGUCGAGCGCGAAGUAGCCAUCCUGGGUAUUGGGCGCAUGCGCACCGUCCCGGCGUUUUCGACCGUGCCGGGCGAGGAGGACCGGGUGGUGCGCCGGCAGGUGUGCAACUUCAGCUGGAGCGCCGACCACAGGGUCAUCGAUGGGGCGACCAUGGCUCGGGCCGCCGAGGUUGUGCGCGGCAUCGUCGAGGAGCCGGACGUCAUGGUCAUGCACCUGCGGUAGGGUAGCGGCAGGUGCCGUAUUCCGUACUUUCGUACCCGCCAUUGGGCAUCAGCAGGAACGAAGGAGCAGGAUCCGGGCCUGGCAAGUCCUGACCUUACCUUAUUCACCCGGCCGCCCGACCCGUCCGUACUCGCUCGCUUAACCCGGUUAUACGCAAGCAGGCGGCGGCAACAGCGCCGAGGCCGUUAAG